CUCCACCUGGGAAAUGCUUCUACGUCACCUUAUUUACUUGUAAUGAUAAUACGCAUUUGAUUGUUAUUGUACUGUUUAGUGUUUACUUGAAAAUAGUUUUCAAAGUGCGUUGUGGUGAACGGUAAACAUGAAUUUAGAGAGUUCAAAUCCCCAUGGGAAUGGAUUGCUUUAUGUAGGGUUUAAUCAAGACCAAGGCUGCUUUGCUUGUGGGAUGGAGGACGGAUUCCGGGUAUACAACUGUGACCCGCUCAAGGAGAAGGAGCGACAGGACUUUACAGAUGGUGGCCUCAACUAUGUCGAAAUGUUGUUCCGUUGCAACUACCUUGCCCUUGUUGGUGGUGGUAAGCAUCCAAAGUAUCCGACAAACAGAGUUAUGGUAUGGGAUGACCUGAAGAAGCAGGCAGUCAUCAAUUUGGAGUUCAAUGAUCCGGUGCGUGGUGUACGUCUGAGACGUGAUCGAAUUGUGGUGGUGCUGGAAGGUGUCAUCAAAGUCUAUACCUUCACACAGUCGCCACAACAACUUCAUGUAUUUGAGACCAAUCUUAAUCCAAGAGGACUGUGUGUACUGUGCCCCAACAGUAACAACUCUCUAUUGGCGUUCCCUGGACGCAAGACAGGUCAUGUGCAAUUAGAACACCUAGCUGAUGCGGAGAGACCACCAUUGGACAUUGCCGCGCACAACAGUCCACUCACCUGUAUUGCACUGAACCUGCAAGGAACACUAAUUGCGUCUGCUAGUGAAAAGGGAACGUUAAUCAGGGUGUUUGACACAACGACGGGUACAAUGUUGAAUGAGCUGAGAAGAGGAGCUAACACUGCACAGAUUUACUGUAUAAAUUUCAAUCACAACUCCACAUGGCUGUGUGUGUCCAGUGAUCAUGGCACUGUUCACAUUUUCUCUGUUGAAGAUCCAAAACUCAACCGACAGUCCAGUCUUGCCUCAGCAACAUUUCUACCGAAAUACUUUGCGUCACGCUGGAGCUUCUGCAAGUUCCAGGUACCUGGAGCAUCUCAGUGUAUGUGUGCCUUUGGUGCAGACACCAACUCUGUAAUUGUUAUCUGUGCUGAUGGAAGCUACUACAAGUUCCUUUUUAACAGCAAGGGUGAGUGUUGGCGUGUUGUCUCACGCCAGUUUCUGGAGAUGACGGACGAACGAGAUUGGUAGUACGUCUGUACAUGGAGACCUCGGAGCCUAGAGGAUCCGAGUUCUGAAUCAUCGAAAUUGUAUUUAUUUGAGUUGUGGCUUCAUACAGGAUCUUAUUCGAACGUUAAGAGAAAAGGACCACUAUUUUUUUUGUAAUAAAUCGCUUGUAAUUUUGCCAAAGCUUAGAUUAUUGUAGUAUUUGUUUUUACGGUUCUACUUGUGUAUCAUUGUGUCUGAAGAUUAUUUUAUUUGCAACUAUUACUUUGUUGCUUACAAAAAAUUAAAGAAUUAAUUUAAUAUUAAUUUACGCUGUUUAAUUGUUUACAGUCUUAUUACUUACAUUAGAUUUUGAGCACAUGACAUUACAAUGUUAUCUAAUUAUACUUAAACUCAUAUAAAAUAGGACUAUGUGGUAGUUAAAUAGAUUAAAUUUUUAGUCAAUGCCAACAAUGCAACUUGUAAAAAAGGAAAUACACAUUGUGUUAAGAUAGCUUUUGUAAACGUAUUUUAUAGUCUAAAACAAAAUUGUUGUAAAACAUACAAAAUUAUUUGUACAUGAUUCAAAUUUUACUGUACAGUAUAAUAUUUUCACUGCUGUACCAUACAAAUUGCUUUAAACGGUUUUUGCUGUUAAAUAUGAUAAAAAGUUGUUUGGAAAACUUUUUAGUAUAAAAUAAGGUUCUAUUCUUGUACAUAUCAAGUAUAUUUGUGGAAUUGAUCAUCUAUAAGUUUAUUAUUUAUUAAAUUUAUUUGUAGGAAUAUAAUUUUCAAUGUUUAAAACUUAGAUUAUAUAUUCUUGUAUUAUAACUAAGGGAACAUAUUAAUUGAUAUUAGCGUUUCUUUUAUGACACGAAUUUAUUUAAGUAGAAAAUUAAAUUUGUAUAAUAUUAAAUUACUGGUAAAAUGUAUAUAAUAUUUUUAAAUACGAUUUUGUAAAAUAUUAGGCAAACAUGGUGCUAUUAAAAGUUUUAUUGUAAAAACAAAAAAUAAGGAAAAAAGAUGUAGUGUAGUGUGUAAUGUACAUAUAAAAAGAAGAAAUAUGCAAAGUCUUUGUUGUAACAAUAUGUUUUGUUUGUGUAUAGAUAUUAAUUUCUUCUUAAUUUUCUUCUUUUUCUACUUUUGUUAAUAAUUAUUUGUUAGCAUAGGUUAAGUUUUUGUGUAUGUGUGGAAAUGUUAUAGUUGUUAAAACCAGUUUUAACUGGUUGGAAAGAACUAAAUUUGUAAAUGAAGAUGAGUUGUGUAACUAGUCUAAUAACAUUAGUUCCGGUGAUUUGAAUUGCUAGUCUAAAUUUAUUGCAUUUUCGUGUUAAGAAGUUUUGCUGAAUAUUGUAGUUUUUUAUCGUCUUGUAAUAUUUUAGUGAGAAAUGAGUAAUUGUUUACUCUUAUGAAGCUUCAUUGUACAAUGUUAAAACAAAUCUUAAUGGCCCAUGGGAGUAAUUUUAUGAACAUUAAAACUAAAAAUGGGUUAGUUCCAAGUAUUUUCAAAUUCAGUUUAGAUUCUAAAGUGUUAAUCUGGGUUUUAUAAUUUGUGCUCAGUAGUUAUUUAUGACAAAAAUGAUUAGUUACAUCAAAAUAUUUAGUAUACAUUUGGGAUAACCAAUCUAUAAAAGCACAUACAAGCUAUUAUCGUAGAUUAAAACUAUAAACUGUUUAUAUUUCUGCAUUUCGUAAUGAAGAAGCAUGUUACAUUUCAGUGUAAUGUUUUCACAAACAUUUCAGAUGCUAGAUUCAGUGAAAGAAGUGAUGAAAAAGAGAAUCAUCAUUGACUUAUCCUAAGUUAAACCAAAAUAAUAAUAUUAUACAUUCAUUUAAACUGCCAACAAUCACAAAUACUGUCUUAACAUUUUCUUUCUGAUUAAUUAAAUUUAUGUCUUUAACUUUAAAUAUUCUAUAUACUGUAAACUACAGACAUAGUACAAUCCGUUUUAACUGCUUUGCCAAAUUUAUGUGCAUAAAAAGGAUAUAUGAUGUGGAGAUAAUAAACGACCACAUGGCUUCACUUACAUCUCUUGUGCCACCAAACAAUCACCAGUAUCACUAUUGAUUUGAGAUCAAGUCGCAGAUAAUUUGAUGAUUGUUGCUCAUGGUUUUUGAACCAUUUUAAUUCCAGACAUAAUUUUUUGUGCAUGUAUAAGACCUAGUUCUCAUCUGACAUUCUUAAAGUUGUUUAUUCAACAUACUACAGACUGUCUUGUUUAUUUAUAAUAUUAUUUUUUUUAUUGGUUCAUAACAUUCUAAUACUGGCUUAUCAUAUCAUUUAUAUCAAGAUUAAAAAAAAUUUUUUUGAACAACAAAAAAACAUUACUGAUAUUGUUGUUUUCAGAUUGUUUCAAAUUUGAAUUAAAGUAGAGGGGUGUGCCAAACCAAUCCAGAUGCAUCAUUUAAGCCGUAGAAAGGUUCUGCUAACAGCUCCGUUGCAACAAUUUUGUUAUGUCUCAUCGCGUCAUGUAUAUCAGACUUAUUUAGUUGCAAUGUAGUUAAGUUAAGGUCUUGCCAAUUAAUAAUCAAUGGUUGAAAUUCUAAUAACUGUUACAAACACAUCAACAUCCUCCCAUAUUUUGUUCCAAUGGCAGGCGGUUCCGUAACCCCAAAUACAGAGCGUCAUGAUGAGGCAGUUCCAGUUCUCGUUCCAGUACUAAUACCAGCCCAGAAUCUGUUGAAAUGGUCACAUUGUGGCAACAGCUUUACUGGAUCCUCGCAUUUUUUGUUCCAAUGGCAGGUGGUUCCGUAACCCCAAAUACAGAGUGUCGUGAUGAGGCAGUUCCAGUUCUCGUUCCAGUACUAAUACCAGCCCAAAAUCUGUUGCAAUGGUCACAUUGUGGCAACAGCUCUACUGGAUCCUCCCAUUUAUUGUUCCAAUGGCAGGUGGUUCUGUAACCCCAAAUACAGAGUGUCGUGAUGAGGCAGUUCCAGUGGUGCGCCGAUAGCUGAAAGCACAAAAAUCACUAAUGGGAAAAUAAAAUUAUAUAAUUACAAAUAACUAACGACGGGUAUGUAGACAGUUCAUUAUCUGAAGAAGUAAAUAAUAGACAAAAGAUUAGAUGUCUGACAUCAACUUGAGCCGCAAACGCAUGAACUGUCAUACUCAGUUUGUUAUGUUAAUGGUUCAAACGCGUCGCAUGACAUGUUUUCUGCAGACAAUUUUCCUUUUCUGAAUAUAUUUAUCAUAAUUUUACAAUUAUGAUUUCUAAUCUUAAUUUUAAGUCAGUUUUCUGUAGAUAUCUGGAAAAAACCAAUGUUUACCAAUGUGUUAUGUUAAUGGUUCAAACGCGUCGCAUGACAUGUUUUCUGCAGACAAUUUUCCUUUUCUGAAUAUAUUUAUCAUAAUUUUACAAUUAUGAUUUCUAAUCUUAAUUUUAAGUUAGUUUUCUGUAGAUAUCUGGAAAAAACCAAUGUUUACUCUUCUGGGACAUUUUAUUUGUGUUUUAAAAAAAGGACAUCAUCAUUGAAAUAAUUAAACAUUCAUAUAUAAUUUAAGUCAGUACUGGAAUUGAAUAUGAAGUAACGAAUUACAGUCUAAUUCCUUUGCGUGAAAUUAGAAUUCAAACACAAAGUAACUGAUUAAUUGUUAACACCAAUGGUUCUAAAAUGUAAAAUUUUUCUUAAUACUGAUUAAGAAUUUGAUACUCAACUGCUAAUGUUUUCUUUCUUGUUGCUGCUGUUUUUAAACAUUGCUAUAUAUUUUAAUUGGUAUUAAUUUAGUACCAAAUGCUGAACAGUACUUUUUGAAAUAAGUUUCAACUGGGAAGUAGUUAAUCCUGGUGAAAGUUCGUGAUAUAUGUUAGUGAAUUUGGAAAUCAUUUAAUGUAGUGAGAUUUUUAAAUAUAGGUGUUUGGUUUAUAUGGAGUAGUUUUCCACCGUAUAAUGAGAAAAAUAAAAAUAACCGGUGAUAAUAUUAAUUUUGCAAUGAGCAAGCAUUUAUAAUAAACGCAUGAACUGUACAUCAUAAACAGUGUGUACAAUAGAAAACUAAUUUUUGUAAACAGUUGUGAAAUUUUGUAAAAGUGACGUGAUUUCAAUUACGUGAUAUAAUUGUGAUCAAUAUGAAGUGAAAAUUUCAGGUGAAUUCUUUUUGAAACAUCAUAAAUUAUUUAUUAUUUUGAUUUGCAGUGCAAAAUUAAUACACAACAUUUUAUUUUUUAUAAUUUUUUGUCUACUAUGUGUUUAAUGAUAAGGUAAUAUAAUAAGGCUCAAAGUGAUGUAUACAUUUGUAUUUAUAAUGUGUUUGUGUGUUAUUGUUACUAUAAUUAUGUAUUCAAAAUGCAUUUCCGAAAACAAUGAAACAUUUUGCAUGUAUGUAACUAAAAGAAAACCUAUUAAAUAGGUUAAGAAUAUAUUCAAAGUAAAGUAUUGAUUAUGUGGAGGAAAUCUAUGUGUGCCAUGAUGUUUUGUUAAAAAGAAAAGCAUCAGAUGUACAAUUUGAAUGGAUUAUAUAAAUACACAUUGUAUUAUAUUGAUUGUUCAUGGAAGUUAUUAGUUAGAAGCUUUGAGAAUAAUUUUGUCAAAUGUUGGGUUGUAUAAUUUUAUUGUUUAAAUAAAGUAAAUAGAAAUUUU